AUGUGCGCGGAUACAAACGUGACUAUGGUCCUAUGUUUCAAAGACGAUACAGAAACCACAGGGCAGCUAAAUGUGCCUAUCUGCGUGAUUGAUGUCAACAGCGAAGAGGCACCUUGGCGCCAUGAAACUGGCGAAGUCACCGCCACUGCUCAAUUCACAAACCUCGCAUACGUCGCGUUCACUUCAGGGUCUACUGGCAAGCCCAAGGGAAUCCAGAUCGAGCAUGGCCAGUACUGCAGCUCGGCGGCAGCCCAUGCCAAGGCCUGGUCAAUCGGUGCAGAAUCACGGGUCUUCCAGUUUGCGUCCUACGCCUUUGAUGGAUCGAUUAUGGAGAUGGUGACGACAUUGCUGGAGGGGGGGUUGCUUUUGAAGUCCCUCGACCCCCGUGAUUUCCCAACACUCAAGAAUCUGCUUGUAACUGGGGAGCUUACACCGCAACAAGAACUAGAUCGGUGGGCGGAUCAGGUGCAGAUGACCAUUACCUACGGACCAACUGAGUGCUCUGUCGCGUGUGCUGUACAUGAGCAUGUCUCCAAAGUUUCGGAUCCGAGAAACCUGGGGCGGCCAAUGGGAUGUCAUCUCUGGCUCGUUGAUCCCAACGAUAUCACACGCUUGGUGCCUGUGGGCGAAGUCGGCGAGAUCUGUAUUGAAGGACCUAUAGUCGGUCGCGGAUAUCUGAACACGCCUGAUCAAAACCGUACCACCUUCUACCAUGAUCUACCAUGGCUAUCCGUGACUCAGAGACUUAACAGUCGGGUCUAUAAGACAGGCGAUCUGGGACGAUACAACGAGGAUGGAUCUAUCUAUCUGCUUGGUCGCAAGGACUUGCAAGUCAAGAUUAGAGGGCAACGCAUUGAGCUGGGUGAAAUUGAAGCUCAGCUUUCUCGUAAGCUCCAACACGCUCGCGACAUCAUCGUUGAUGUGGUACAACACAGUGAAGGAGACGCACUUCUCGUCGCAUUUCUCCAUACGCCCUCCGGUAGCCAAAGUCGAGGGCUAUUACCAUCAAGCGAUACCUUCUCCAAUUUGUGUUCCAAGCUGAGAGAGGACGUCAAAGCGUCGCUGCCAGAAUUCAUGAUCCCUACUCUAUUUCUCCCGGUUGCCAAUUUGCCUCUGACGGCUACCGGAAAAGUUGAUCGCCAUUAUUUGCGGUCUCUUGUGCACGGCUUAUCAGUCGAUGCGCUUGAUCGAUACAUUGGCAACAAGGAUAAGCGUCGCCCAUUGACUGAUCGGGAGCAGCGACUACAUGGUGCUGUGGCUCAGGCACUGGCAAUUUCUCCCCAGCGGAUUGGAAUGGAUGAUGACUUCUUCGUGCUUGGAGGAAACUCACUCACUGCCAUGAAGCUUGUCAGUCUUGGUCGAGAAAGGGACCUGUGGUUCACGGUCGCCGACGUAUUCGCUUAUUCGCAGCUAUCAAUGCUCAAUUCUGUCGCUGAAGAUGCAGCCCCUGAGGCUCAGAUUCAGCUCGUAGAGCCAAGCCCUUUUGCCCUUAUGCCAGGGAUUAGGGAUUCUGAAUCAUUUGUUCGCGACAUUAUUGCUCCAAAGCUGCCAUUUACUCGACCAGAGGAGAUUGUCGACGUUCUUCCUGCCACCGACAUGCAGUCCUAUGUUGAGCGCUUCCCUCCACACUACCCUCUUAUACGGAUGGAUGGGAAGAUUGACCCAUUGAGAAUCAAGAUGGCAUGUGAUCAGUUGGUACAACGCCACGCUGUUCUCCGAACAGUGUUUGCUUCUCAUGAUGGUCAAUUAUUACAGGUUGUUCUACGCAAAGCGGAUCUGCCCUUCCAGUACUUUGAGACCGAUAUGGCCAUUUCUGCAUUUGAAGAAGCAUUUUGCAAGUAUGAUGGAACCGUGAAGGUUCCCACAAGCGUCUUGGGACUUUCUUUUGUGCUUGUCUCUCGAAGUGAGAGAGAACAUAGUCUGAUUAUUCGCCUUCCUUUACCAUUGUGUGAUGGCGAGUCUUGGAUCCUCCUCCUCCAGGACUGGAUGGCACUAUAUGAGGCUCGAUGCCCCCUUCCAGCACCACUUCCCUUUGCUGCAUGGAUAUCUCAAUAUAGUACGCAGCAAAAUGAAGCGACCUACGCCUUCUGGCGCCAAAUCUUACACGGUUCUUCAAUGACACACCUGUGUGACGCGACCAUUGACCUUCCUGGAGAGGAUUUCAUAUUCUCGGUACAAACUAUCCCUCUUUUGUCUACUCCCGGGGCCAUCACGCGCGCAACGGUAGUAAAACUAGCCUGGGCAAUGACACUUGCAAGGUAUACCAGGAAAACCGAUGUGGUUUUCGGACAGCUUAUCCACGGUCGGGCCCAUGCACAUGAUGGCGAGGACCGAAUUGCUGGUCACCUGGCCAAGAUCAUUCCUGUGCGGGUGGACAACUGCCAGGAUACCACGGCGGACCUCCUGGGUCUUUUAGACCAGGUGCAGAGACAACACUUGGCAACUAUGGCACACGAUCUGAUUGAUUUCCAGAACUUGGUAGACCACUGCACUUCAUGGCCACGGGACACGCAAUAUGGAACAUAUAUUCUGCAUCAAGACAAUGAAUAUCUGGGGGACGCGCCAACUAUGGGCGAUGUGAAAGUCAGCACUAGUAUGGCUUAUAAUCCUCUUAUUUCGAAGGCAGUGCGGGAAUUUGUCUUAGUUUCCACUCCAAGGGAACAAGAACAUGAGUUGCAGAUUUGUACAACCAGUGUUUAUGUGGAUCAGAAGAGGGCGGAUGAGAUGCUUGCGACUAUGGUUGAGAAGAUGAGCCUUCUAGCUUCCCUGGCGUGA